AUGAAGCUGUUCCAUCUAUGUCUUCUUCUGGCAGCCGGCCUGGGUGAAGCUUUUGCUAGUCCAGUUGCUGCGAUGGCCGCUCAGACUACGAAGAAUCUCCUUGUUUUUGGUGAUUCAUACUCGACAGUGGGAUUCUGGCCUGGAGGACAACUACCAUCGGCUUCCAGCCCCAUCGGGAACCCCGGACUGCCAGGGCAGACGACUUCUGCUGGUCUCAACUGGGUCGGUCACGUCACGUCAACUCUCAACACAUCGUUAAUCCUCACAUACGACUUUGCUUACAGCGGAGCAACUGUCGACAAGAAGAUCGUCAACUCGUGGGCCCAGUACUCAAUGUCGGAGCAGGUUGAUCUCUAUAAGCAAUAUGUUGCGCCAAAGAUUACAAAAGCUGAUGCGCUCGUUGCAUUCUGGAUUGGUAUCAACGAUGUGGGUGAAGCGUUUUGGAGCAAGAAGAGUGCUCUUGUUACCGAAUGCGUGAACAGAUACUUUGAGCUCCUACAGGUUCUUGUCAACGAUGGCUACAGCAAAUUCGUCUUGCUGAGUAUUCCCGGUAAGCCCCGACCAUUUGGAAAGGAGAAGUAG